AUGCCAUCGAGUCAGCAGCAUGUGUGGCGAAUGCUCUUUACCGACUCGCAUCGUUGCAUGAAACUCCGCCAGAGAAAGAAGUUGAACGAGGUCUCAGCAGUGUGCCUGAGCGACGAAAACCGCGAGCGACGUCGACAUUUAAGAACUCAACACCUCGCUACGAGACAUGAGGCUUUGAAAGGCCCGAAGGAGGAACUAUUGAUGCUGUCCAUAUUCCCACGGGUGCGUGAAUGGCUCGUCAACAGAGCUGCACUUGCUGCCGUAGGUGCAGAGAAACUCAACUUCCUUCCAGACCCACCUAGGUCAUACCAAGGGACCAUGGCCUUCAACCAGAACUACGGUCUGGGGGCCAAGAAAUAUGUCAAAACAAGAGCGGUCACUGCUCUGCCUCUCUUGAUGUUGGGAUUAUUGGCGCAUAGGAUAUUCUCGAACAUCCUCUCACAAGCUGCUUUGCAGGCACUUGAUUGGAGACUUGUCAAUGUGGCUGCUGCGAAGACAGCCGGUUUUGCUGUUGCCCUGACCCUCACCAUCCCAACGUUGGCGAUAUACUAUGUUCCAGAAUCUUCGCAACGUUUAAUGAUCAACGCAGUCUGGCAGGCAUUUCCUGUUCUUACUGGCGUUGUCCAUUACCUCCUUCGAAAGUAUGCUGUGGAUUACACUACGACGCAUGGCCGCAUCUACAAUGUUGAGGCAGACCUAUCAUACGUUAGACUCACGGUGUGGGCUUUUGCAGGAAUAUCGACAACGUUCUUCAACUGGACCCGGUUCUUUUCGGGUACUUAUUUGGCCAGGAUCUCCUUUCCCGACGGGACAACCUUGACAUCUAUCAUCUUUUUGGGACAAGACCAGCUUGAUCUCGUCACCGGCACGAGGCUCCUUUUCCAGGCCGACGAGAUUGCAUGUUUUGCCGCCGCAGUUUUAUGGCUAGCAUUUCUCACCCGCGACCUUAAGGAGGCCGAGAUGGCUUCUAUCAGCUGGUUAAAAGCAAUUGCGCUUGCUAUUGCAGGCACAUAUCUACUCGGGCCUGGGGCGGUGGUUGCACUGACUUGGUGGUGGAGAGAGAAUAUCCUCGCGACGAAGAAGGCAAAGGGCUCCGUCAUCGGUCGCAUUUGA